CAGGCGGCGCUAAAGUGUCUAGCAUCUUGCCGACGAUAGCCGAUUAAAUUUCACAUAUACCAUAACACGGAGGCAAAUAGCCAGUAAAAGUUGACCGGAACGUCAGUUUUUAUUACAUUUGACACAGUUGUUUGUUUAAUUUUUCACGUUCUGAUGCUUUCCCGUCGACGACAAGCGUCGUUUCUCCUAGUUAAAUGUAACUUUUAGCGCCAACGUGCGUCCCCUGGCCCUUGUUAGCCGUUAGCCACUAGCAUCACACGCCUCCGGCAAGAGCGAGAUGAGGAUUAAUUUGACCGAAAACACCGGCCUUAGACCGGACGAGGCUCUGAUGGUGGAGAACGCCAUUCGGCUGGCCAUCGACUCGGUGCUCAACGUCCUGUGCGGCGUCAACAGCGGCCGCUGUCGCGAGUACCAGCAGAUGGUGGCCGACAGGGACAAAGAGAUCCACAGGCUACAGCGGGAGAUGAGCGCCCUACGCCGGCGGGGAUGCGCUUCGUGCGGGCAGCUCAACCGGGGCACACCGGAGCGCUCGCCCGGUUCCGGAAACGCUGAGAGGGACGCCGAGCAGCAGCAGCCACCGCAAUGUGAACUUGGUUACUCCUUGAGCCUGUUUGACGGCCCGCCAUCUCACGCCCCCGUGCCGACUCUACCCUCGCUGCCAUGCAGCCAAGCGGACGCGUCCGCCGCAUCGGGGACAGGCGUCGCCGUCAAAGAUGAGCCGUGCAACGUGGACGCCGUCCUCGUCAAAUGGGAGCCCAGUGAGGGGAGCUCACGGGAAAGGCAGAACCAACCUAGCGGACCGUGUUGGGACGCCGAACUGGAGUUGAGAGAAGUGAUGACCUGCGAAGAAGCGGACAAGCUGCCCAACAACACCGAAGCCGAGCGACUCAGGAGCAAGAAAAAGCGCGUCCCCACGGCAGAUCUGGCCGAUGAAGCCCAGCAGCAGAAGCGAGCGGCGUGGCGGGCCGCCUCCCGUCGCUACUACGCCCGCAAGGUGGCCCGCCAAAUGGCCGGCUUUCACCACCAGCCUCCCUCCCGCUACCCCUCGCCGCGCUACGAUGGCGCUAGGAGGCGGAGGCCCGCGGGCGCCUCACCUCCCGACACGCGGCCGUGGUCGGCCCCCUCCAGGAAGUUCUAUCACACCAGGAAGACGACGAAUCAGAACCAGUACCGCGAGCCCGAGCUGGAGCCGACGGGUGACGACGGAGGAGGGCUGGAAGAAUUUUUGUAGUUGAUGAGUUGACCUUAAAAACAUUGAGGCUAAUUGUUCACUCAUUUUGUACGAAAGAAUCGCUACGUUUAAUUCAUCGUUUUGCACCAGGGGCUCUCAAAUGCAAUUUAUCCAGAGCUCACUUGGGAUGAUUGUGAGCCACAUCAAGUGUUCCAUAAAAAAAAAAGUUUCAAGUUUCAGGGGGGAAAAAACAGUACUCCAAUGGCGUACCGCAAGCAACACGUCACUUCCGCUCAUUAAUAUUCAUUACAUUAGCUACCGUUGCUAACCAAGGACAAGCCAUCGUUUGUCCCUAAUAGGAAAUGAAUGGAAAUCGUGUACGAAGGAGACGUUCACAGCGGUAAACCUACCAAUUCUCUCCGAAAAUGAUGUGCCUGGUGCCAAGUUGACUGGCAUAGAUGUGGAAGGACAUAAAAAUAUUCAGUUAAAGAGAUGGCUUUAGUGUCGAAGGCUGAAAAAGACAAAAAAAAAAAAAAAAAAAAACGAGCCGACAUAGCUUUAGCUUUUUUAUCGACGAGACUGACAAUGACAUUCUCCCGUUUCAACAAGCUAUCCUUUACCAUCAGCCCUGUCUUUCUUACAUAUCCUCUGGUUGUCCUACGUCUCUUACCGUUCUUGGGGGUAAUUUAGUUAGCUUUGUGUAGCGAUCGCAAAUGCUACUCAGUGACAGCCAAUGAACACUUGUAAUUUUUUCAUUGAUAACACAUCUUAAUCCUAUAAUUUAUUUACACUCCCCCCUUACUAAAGUUGUUUUUUAAUAUAUAUAAAUAACAGAAACGGUAACAGUGGCAGUCAGAUACCAUUAUAAUUCUUUUCAGGUCAUUCAUUGUCAGACAGAAGCAGUACGGCACAACGUUACGCUAAAAAAAUAAAGGAAAAAUAUAAAAAUGGCUUACCUCUUUGUCCUCUGAAAGACCAUGCAUACCCAACAUAAUGUUUACUGCAUAUGAAACGUGAAUGGAUUCGCUGAGCUGGUGUUAAAGUCUACGCAAGUUGAUUCGGUUUUCACAUUUUUUCCUCCCGAGUUUUUGGUUUCCGGGAACGUAUGAAGAAAACAUCCUUCAUGGUCGUAAUGUUUAGAGUCGUUUCUACAAGUUCCAAAAA